UUAUGGUUUCAAGUCUUCCUUUCGAAAUGUUUACUUGAUUGUUUCAUUUGUUUGCUCGUGCAGACGUUUUAUUAGUUUUAUCGUGUGACAAAUAUUUGAAACAAUAACUUUAUGAGAGCAGCAUGAUAAUAGACAGUGAAGUUUAACCUAUGACCAGGCAAGUAGCCAGGCACAGUUUGCCGUUGUGUCCUUCCGAGAUUCAUGUAUUUUGUUUGAAAACUAUAUUGAAAUUACAUCAUGUCUAAUUCUUCGAGUGGCGCUAUGGAAGAAUGGAAAGCGACUGAAGAAGCAAAAUAUGGAAUAGCAUUAUACAACUUUGAUGGAAAUGUAAACUAUGGCCUACAACUGGAUGUUGGGGAUGCAGUUCAUAUUUUUGAAACUUGUGAAGGAUGGUACCAUGGCUAUUGUCUUAAGAAUAAAGCUGUCAAGGGGAUUUUUCCAUCGUCCUAUGUGCGAUUAGAGAAAUGCACCGUAGAAAAUUUGGGAACACCGCUUGAAGUUAUUACUCCUUGCGGUGAUGCAACAAUCCUUGAAGUUACUGCAGUUCUGCGUGAAUGGCUGGAAUACUGGAAAUCUUUAUUUCAGAAAAAUUCAGUUCGAAUGUUUAAAGAAAUGACAGAAAUCAUGUGCGAACUGAUUGGUCAACGAGAGGCAAUCUUGUCGGGUUUUCUAACUCAGACCUUGUUGCUUGAACUUAAAGCUAGUAUAACAUCCAAGAUAGACUUUUGGAACAGCAAAAUGGGUUUAGAUCUUGUCCCACGUGUUGAUGGAGUACCAGUGGAUGUUGAUAAAAUCAGUGUCGUUGAAUUGCACAAAAUUCAUCAACAAAGCUUAAAGAAAACUGAAAUAGUUCAUCAAGCAAGUAUCAAAGUUAGACAAAGGAUUCGAAAGAGUGGACAGUCAAUGCGUGUUUCAACACCGAUCAUUUUGAAAACUCAUCGACAUCUUUUACUAUCAGUGACUAAAUUUGAUUGUAAUGCUGAUGAUAACUUAGAAUGUUUUUUUUCGUUGUACGAUGCUUUAAAAGCAACGUUUAUCAGUGAAAGGUUUAUGUUGUCCCUGAAUAAGGAUGUUCUACCAAACGUUGGGGAAACUCUUAGCUCGGAAAAAACCAAGACACUUUUCACGGACCUUGGCAGAAGAGGAUUAAACUCACAUCUUUAUAUUGUAUGUCAAGUAGUGAGAACAGGGCAGAUGCAUCUUGAACAGACUCUCACACGAUUCAGAAAGACUUCACCAAAGUUUCGAAGACCUUUUGCAUUGGGCGUGUUUAAUGUCGAGAGAUAUGCGGAAUAUGACGAAAAUGAUGCAUAUGGUGGGGAAAAAACAUUUUCUUUCAAUGUUUUCUUAACUACACGACGCAAAUUUUGGCAAUGCUCACGAAGACACGAUUCGAAAAUUGAUCAACAAGAACUCUGGGUCAAUUCUGCUUGCGAUAGUAUACCUGUGACUGCGUCGUUAAGACUUUUCAAUGGUGAACGGGACCAUGUGAUUGAAGUAAACCCUCUUCGAAUACCAGCAGAUAUCAGUAUUUCACGAAAAUUAGGAUUCGCUGAUGUAAUUUUACCAGAUGACGUUAGAAAUGAUCUUUAUAUCACUUUGGCUCAAGGUGAAUUCGAUAAAGGUGGUAAGAAAACCGGGCAAAAUGUCGAGGUAACUGUAUCGGUGAUGCUAUCCAAUGGCGUAGUUGUUGAGAAUUGCAUUUAUGCUGGAUGUGGAUCAAAACCAGUAAAAGAAUACCAUUCGCUUAUACUUUAUCACAAUAAUUAUCCUGUCUGGAAUGAAACAAUAAAAUUGAAGAUUCCAGUCAAACAAUUCCAAGAUUGCCACAUUUUGUUUGUUUUUAAGCAUUGCCCUACAGCAUCAAAUGGGAAGGUUUUUGGCUUUUCAUUUCUGAAACCUUUAAAACCUGAUGGCACGACUAUUUUUGAUGGAAGUCAUAAACUUGUUGUAUACAAGUCCAAUUUAUUAGAUAUUAAAAACCCUGGAAAAUAUCUCGCUUACCCCUCAUCUGUUCCUGAAAUUGCUCACGGGGAAAACCAACAGGUGUCAUCAAAAAGUACAAAAGAAACAUUCGUCGUGUCUACCUUGACUUGUUCAACAAAGCUCACAAGGAAUCUGAAUUUAGUCGAUCUGUUAAAAUGGAAACAACAUAAACAGAAAAUUCCCCAAGUUUUAAACUCGUUGCGUGAAGUUCCAGAGGAUGAAAUCGUGAAGUUUCUUCAAGAUAUUUUCGAUGCAUUGUUUGCCAUUUUAUAUGAAGCCACCAAAGAAAGUGGACUUCUUGUUUUUAAGAAUCUUGUUUUUAUCGUUAAUUUGUUGCUGGACGGUAGAUAUCAACAAUUUCAACCCGUAUUAAACACAUAUAUAACUAAUCACUUCAGCGCUGCUCUCGUUCACAAACACAUCAUCGUAUUGUUCAACAAGGUUAUGUCAGUUGGUGAAAAGAAAAAAGAAACGUCGAAUUUAGCCAAUACAGCUAAGGUUCUUCACUAUAUUAUAAAGUUUAUCAUACAAUCGUGGACAUUGAAUUUAAGAAAUCAACCAAACAUGUCAGAUAUAGAAUUCAAACGUUCCAUUCGUGACUUCUUCAAUGUGCUAAAUGGAUUGAUGAAGAAUGUAGGUUAUGGCUGGAAGUUGAUUCAGAGUGACAUUCUUCUCAACAUACCUAAGGUUUAUAAAGAACUUGCAUCUGUAUUUUCAGACGAUGAACUAGUGGUCAUAUUACAAGAGCUGUUUCGCAGUGCGCAAUCAAGCUCUCUAAUUUUGGAUAAGCUAAAUUUUCUCGAUGGUUUGAUAACGAGCAGUCCAUUAUGUCAAAAACUAAGCUGUAGAAAGAUAUUCAUGCCUAUGGUUUUAAAUUGCUUGCUCGAGCAACUUAAACAAAAGAACGAACUGAAAGCGUGUGCGGAUAUUCUUGGAAAUCUUUUGUCUUGCUUGAGUAAAGUGAAAGAUAAUGCUGUAACCAAUGAUGUUAAACAAUUAUCCAGUUCAUUACUUCAAGUUGUGUUUCAAGCUGUUGUUGCUGUGGAUCGAUCCAGUUCACGGGCGGGACAGUAUGUAGCCAUUCUCUUCACUUUGCUCAAAAUAAUGAACGAAGAGAAUUAUAAAAGCUACAUCAAAAACUCUUUUGAGAACAAGCGGGAUCUGAAGGAUUUCCUGAACAAAGUUUUUGGAGUAUUCACAAACUUGUUGUACAGAAAUAUAUACCCUGAAGAUUGGUUUGUCAUGAAGAUAGAGGGAUAUUAUGUCAUACUUAGUGCUGUUCUGAAUUUUUCAUUUGCACUAACAGAAAACUUUCUUGAACAAAAGUCCUUCGACUAUCAGCUUUGGAGUGCAUAUUUUCAUUUGGCAAUCAACUUUGUAUCUCACCAAAUGCUGGACUUAAGUGAUUAUUCUGAAGCUAAAAGAUCAAAGAUAUUAGAAAGGUAUGGGGACAUGAGACUUGCAAUGGCAUUUAACCUUGUUCGCUUGUGGAAUGCCUUAGGUGAUUUGCAGGGCUACUUUGUUCCGUCAAUGAUUGAACCUUUUCUUGAAAUGACUCUGGUAAAAGAACCAGUUCUUCGAAAAGAAACUAUACCGUUAUUUUAUGACAUGAUGGAUAAAGAAAUGAGAUCAUUCGGCCAAAUAAAGAAGGUUGAAGAAGAGUAUAUUGACAAGUUAGAUAUUUGCCUGAGCAAGAAAGGAAUGGGUGAUGAAGAAUAUAAAGAUCUCUUUGAGAAAAUUCUUACUGAAAAGAUCAUGAAAAACAGCGACCUAGAAAAACCUGGGAUUUUAUUUGUGACCUCUGUCACAAAUCUCUUGGAUCGACUUUUGGACUACAGAAAAGUUAUUUCAAUGCAGGAAGAAUGUCGAGAAAUGAAGAUGGGAUGCAUUGUCAGUUUAUUGAAUUAUUACGAGAAAAAAGGAAAGACUGAAAUGUUUCUCAGAUAUGUCGAAAAGCUUUAUGAACUCCAUCUGUUAGCAGAAAAUCACGUUGAAGCUGGUUUUACUCUUUUUCUUUAUGCUUCUUGCUUAAAGUUUGAUGAUGUUCUUUUACCUGCUGAAGAUAAUCUACCAUCCCAAACUGAGCGAGCUAGAAAGGAGAUACUCCUAAAGAAAUCUAUGGAUCUGUUGAAGAAGGGACAGAUGUGGGAAUCUGCCAUUCGUAUUUGCAAAGUCCUAGUUCACGAAUACGAAUUUCAGGUUUUCGACUUCGUUAAAUUGAGCGAGAUUUUGCAACUUCAAGCGGAAUUUUACACGAACAUAAUGACAAAACACAGAGUAGAACCAAGUUAUUUUAGAGUGUGUUUCUAUGGAAAAGGAUUUCCUACAUUUCUUCAGAAUAAGCAGUUUGUUUAUCGUGGAGGACCCGUCGAGCAAAUUGGUGAAUUUUGUUUUCGUAUUCAGCGCGAGUAUCCCGAUGCUGAGGUGUUGAGGCAUAAUAACCCAUUGGACGACGACUUGCUUUCUUCUCAAAGACAAUAUAUUCAGUGUUGCAAAGUUGAGCCGAUUGCAAAUGUUGCUUUAGUUCCGCAAAAUGUUCAUCCCAAAAUAUGCAGUUAUUAUAAUGCUAACUGGAUUGAUACAUUUGAAUUAACUCGACCAUUUCGAAAAUUUAAAACAGCUGACAAAUCAAAUGAAUUCGCCAAUUUGUGGUGCGAAGUUACUACAUUAAGGAUAGAAACUCGUCUUCCUUGUAUUCUUUCAUGGUAUCCCGUCGUUUCAUGUGAUCGCAGAGAACUCAGCCCCAUUGAGAAUGCGAUUAAUUCAGUAAAGUCUAAAACUCGUCAACUCGAACAAAACAUUGAAGAAAUUCUUCUUGACGAUUCUAAAAAUAUCAAUCCAUUGAGUAUGCAGCUCAAAGGCGUUAUAGAUGCUGCAGUAAAUGGUGGAAUUUCAAAUUAUCAAAAGGCAUUUUUUACACCUGAGUUUGCUGGGAACAAUCCUAAACGUAAAAGUGAAGUCAAUAAUUUAUCCAAAGUUAUGCUUGAACAGGUUGGUGUACUACGACGUGGUCUUAUACUACACGAGAAAAGGAUUUCCCCUGAUCUUCUACCAUUACACAAGAGCAUGUUGAACCAAUAUAAUAACAUGCUAAAGGAUUUACCUGGUGACAAUAGUGAGCAUGUGUUGAUUCAAAGGAAAAGUAGCCUACCAAUGAACCGUUUUCUAAGUGAAAGCUCCAUGUCUUUAGACAAGCGAAAUUCCAAUGAUAUACCUGAAACAGGCACUUUACGCAGGCUGUUUCAAGGAUUUUCACCGCGUAAGGCUCUCACGUCGGUGUUUGCUGGAGAUAAUGAUGGCAACAGACAGUCAACGGUGUCAGCGUUGGCGAUAAAAACUAGCUCAAGUCUUUUGUCAAUAACAGAGCUGGGAAAAAAUUCUUCAGUAUCUGUUCCGGAUCUUCGUGAGGAUCAAUCCAGGCCAAAACUUCCUCAAAAGUUACGUGUUGGUAAGCAGUUAAAUGAUGGAAAUUCAAGUCCUUCCUCUUACGCAAGUCGAGUUUCAGUUGGUUCUUCUGUUAGUGAAACAUCUCUUAAUGAAAUUGACGAACAAGAAGAAAAUGAAGCGAUAACCCAAGAUAAUUCUAAACUUAAUGACUCCCGUUCAAAUACUCGAAAGUCGUCGUUGCACAUUAAGCAAGUGGCACCGAUUACUGUGUCACAGGUGCCAAGAAUUCCACCAAAGACAUUGAAAAAGCGUCAAUCAAAUGUCUUUGAGCUAGCCUCAAAUGGUGAAUAUCGCGUUUUUAAAAACGUUAACACAGUGCAUUCAAAAUCGUUGGAUGAUUUAGAUAAAAUUGAAGAUGGCUCGUCAUUGAUUGCAAAAAUUGGGGAACAUAAGAAUUUUUCAGAAACAAAAAUAUCUGAUAGAAAGAAAAGUGAGGAUUUAAAUGUGAAUGCCAAAGAAGAAGAACCACCACCGUUAUUUCCAAGAAAAGCAAAAACCAGGCUAACAGAACGAGAAGACGGGUAUGAUACUUUAGCGAUACGACCGAAUCUUGCUCGGCCUCGUGAAAAUUUACAUCAUAGUGCACAAACUGAGAUGAAUCGUACUUACCUGUAUAAAAGAGAUCCAUUGAAACCUGUUGAAGUUUUAAAACACCGUUAUGCCAACUUAAACGAAGAUGGUACGUCCAUCCAGCCACAAGAUUCCACUGGUCGAAAUGAAACUUAUGAUGUUCUAGCUUUACCAGUUCUUGCUAGCGAAGUAGUGAAUAACAACGAGACUGAAAUACGAGCUACUAGGACUGGGAUAGUUGAAUUUAAUCAUACACAAUCAAGGGAUACUAAUGAUACAUCAAUCUUACGUGAUGAACGUAGAGCAAGUGUAGAGACAAACGAUAAAAGUGGAAUUUCAGCCAAUGGAUCUCUUGAUAACAUUGUGGCCGAUGAUAAACAGCCCUCUAAUAACUCUUUCGUUAUUGGACAUCACAUAUCAACGCAGUUAAAUACCUCAAAAUCAAUGCAAGAUCCAAUUGCAGAGAAUGGAUUAAUGAUGCGUGAUCCCGAAUUACCUCUUGAAAGUCAAUUGAAAAAAACAUCCAACGCAAAUGUUCUUUUGACAGAAGAACAUUCAAAGUUGCUGAGUCCGCAAAGAUCAGCUUCUGUAAGUGUUACACCAAAAAGCAGUCCUCCGGUUGCUCCUCGUAUUAAAAGACCGCGUAGAACUGCACCAAAUAAUAAUGCUAUUUAGUUCUGUACUUGUCAUGCAGUAAUACGAAUUUUUUAAUGUAUUUAUUAUUGAGUUAGAUAUAGUCGUAUCUAACUCAUGAAGCCGGUUUUCACGAAAGCUGAAUGAUGCUUACUUACUCGACACAGCGAUGUUUUCUAAAGUUCAUUUUUAUUAAUAAAAAUUAACGAUUUAAUUUGAACAUAUCCAAGCAAUCCUUUAAGGGCUGAUUACAUGUCGCGGUAGCCCAGAUUCAGCGAAGCGUUAAAUGAUUUUGGCAAAUGGAAACGAGUCAAUACUUAUCAUCAGAUAAAUCUUCUUCAGCAAUUUCAUCAUGAAAACAACUAAUUUGGCCUAAUUUUUGUGUUACCAUUGGAAUAACUUGUGGCACUUUACGAACAGUUGUAAUUUUUCCGCUAAAAAUUUUGCCUACUUUCAAUGACUCAAAAUCCUCUCACGCCUCACUGAAUCCCGGUUAGCCGGGAUCAUGUAAACAGCCCCAGAUGGAUUUCAAAAUGGCAACAUUGACCAACUUGAAAAAAUUAUUGUGCGACCGGCUUCAGUUCAGUUAUUUUAUGCAAAUACAGUAAUCUUUUAUUGUCUACAUUCUUUUAUUAACAUAUCGUGAUACCUUGAAAUGUGUACAAAUUUUUCCUUGUGUUAAUACUUUUCAAAACAAUUAACUAUACUGUAAUAUGGCUGUAAAAAUUAACCAGGCUUAAAUUAAAGUUAGUGCUUUUGAA